CCUAGGUCCCAUGGUCCAUCGCCAAUAUAACAAAAUCUCAAGUCCAAAACCGUCAAUUGUUUUCACUUGCACAAAUUGAAGUUUUGGCAAGAUAAUUUUCAGAUGAUGGUCUACAGUACUCGGGUAGCAUGUGGGUUACAAGGUAUCUUCGCAGUCGGAUCAAAAGGUCGUGAAGAUAAGUCGCCCCCAGCAUUCCCAAUUCUGAAACAGCACAACCAUCGACUUGGAUAUUCUAAACAUGUGUGACGAUGACGAGUUUCCUCUCCCAUAUCCACACAUGUCCAAGAUUUUCUUGAGAUGUCCUAAGCCAUGGGAUCAAAGCAGCCCUUUCCGAUUUCUGGCAGUCACUUCCCCCUUCGCGGAGAUGCCCUAUUAUUGAUUCUUUUAUCCGCUUGCCUAGGCUGAACCAGCGCUUGCGGCUAAAAUUUUCCUUGAGCCCAAUCUUGACAGCCAAAUUUUAACUUUCGACUUUAUUUUACCAGACCACAGUUACAUUUAUUGUCACUCCUCAGGCUGCACCGGGUACGUUGCAUUCGAGAUGGGAUACACCAUCGGAUCAAGUGGAUCCAUGCAAACGAUCUUUUUGUUCCACACCGUGGUGGGUCCUUUGCCUGGUCUGUGCUGCACAAGUCUACGGAGUACACCCGUAGCCGAUGACUGUGGAGUUUGAUGUAUGAAGUUACAGAAGAUGAGAGGAGAGGCACCUUUCUAUGAGUACCUUACCUUAUCGUGGUGACCUGAGGGAGGGACGCACGGCAAGAUACGUCCACCCUUUGUGACAUUUCACGCCUUUCCAUAUGCGGUAAGCCAUGUAAACACCCAGACACUUUAACCAACGCCACAGCACAGCGUCCGCGACAGACCAAAGCUCGUUGUCACGCCGGCGACGACAUCACCCCCCGCGAUACAGGCACGGUGCGCUCACCCCACACCUGACCCAGCAUGGGCAGCGUUGCCUUGUAUACUCCGCAACCAGCAAUGCAUCGCAUUGCACCUUGAUACCAUCUGGCUAUUCUCCUUUUCUGUAUCAUCACGCGACGACAUCUGUUUCCAAUGAGAUUGCCUGCGGUCGCUCGGCGCAAAUUCACAAGCAGCCACACCAGGCAUCUGCAAGAUAUACUACAUCUCCUCGUCGGCCCCGCCAUCACUUCUGUAUGAGUGGAUGGCUGGAGCAAUGGCUUCUCACCCAUAUGGCCUUCGCAGCAGACUAAACUCCCAGUCCCCCUCCGCCCGAACUACUCCUGCGGGCUCACCUAUAGCAAAACUCCCUCCUGCUGGUGGCUUUCGAUCCCGGAGACACCCCGAUGUCGCCUUGGUGCUCCACAAAAUAAUAGGAACAACCACCGCCGGCCCCUCUGGGCUCGCCUGUUCCACCGCCAUCAACUCCUAUGCCUACUGCGCCGGCGCCGUCGCCGUCCUGGCCAGAGUCGAUGAACGAGGCCUCCUCUCUCACAGGUACUUCAGGGCCCGUCCUACAGCACCUUCAUUGAACCCUCCCACCUCCUACUAUGACAAUUCUCCUGCAACCACCCCUUCAAGGAGGAGGACCUCCACAUUCACACCACGAAAGGGCGAUGACACCCUGACUUCUGUCUCUCUUGGCCGCGAAUGGCUAGAAGAUUCAGGGGCCCAGACUUGGACCGCGAGGGAGAGAAUUAAAGCUGCAUCGUGUGUGGCCUUGAGUCGCGAUGGUAGGUGGCUCGCAAUCGGAGAAGCAGGCUACAACCCACGGGUCCUGCUAUUCUCCACCGCCGACGAUGCUUCUACCGAAAUCCCUACCUCGAUCGUGUCCGACCAUACCCAUGGCGUUCGCUGCAUCGCAUUCAGCCCGGACAUGAAGUAUCUAGCCACCCUAGGCAAUCUGAACGAUGGCUUUCUUUUUAUCUGGGCUCUGAAUUCAAGAACCGGCCAGUUGACUCUCCAUUCUGUCAACAAGUGUACCACGGCCAUCUGCGACAUGGCAUGGUGCGGCAAUACUCUUGUGACAGUCGGCACUCGACACAUCAAGCUAUGGCAUCUGGCCGACCCUUCCAAAAGGUCACCCACCCGCCAACCUCGCUUUCGCCGCUCUGAUGUGUACAUGGCCAGCCCUGGUCCUGCUCCUCUUCAAGGUCGAAACUGCUUGCUGGGCUCUAUGGCUGAUUCAACUUUCACCUGUGCAGUGAAUAUUGAUGACGUGACCUUUGUCGUUGGUACGGAAACGGGCCAUCUCUGCACCGCAGACGCAUCUCAGAGCACUCUUGAACUCAAGGUCUUGAAGCGGACAGAGCUUGGCAUUACAUCCCUUGUCUACGACGCCGGUGCCAAACAGCUUCUUGUGGGGACUACUUUGGGUUUGCAGCAUGAAGAUUACGUGGCACUGACCAACACAGACAAGUCCCCAGGUGCGAAUGCGAAGCCAGCAGGCUUCGGUAAUGGCCCUCGAAGGUCGUCCCGACACUCAGCUGUCCGACGAUCCCUGGGAUUUGCGUCUCGUGAAUCACGCCACGUAACAGCUAUUGGCAGGAUUGAAACUCAUACAAUCACACUGGACAGCGAAGGCGGGCUAAAUCUCCAGCACGCCAUUGACAAUUCGCAGUAUCAGGACCAUCCUUUGUCCACGGCUCAGAAUUCUGCUGUGCAGGGCGUCCUUAGUCUACCGGUAUCCGCCGACCUAGGAGAUUUCAUCACUUGGUCCAAGAACGGGGAGGUCAAAUUCUGGAACACUGAGGGACGGCUGCUCCUCCAGCAAGACCUCAACCUUGAUCAACCAGGAGGUGCCGACGAAAACUAUGAGAAUGAGUUAUGUCGCAUUCGAUAUAUUCCAAGUACCGCCAGUUUCGUUGCUGGCGACCGCUACGGUAUUUUGAAACUAGUCAACAGUGCGGAUUGGAAAGUGACAAAUUCUAUCCGUGCGCACAGCGCCGAAAUAAGCGGCAUGUCCGUUCAUGCUCCCGACUCUCUGGUCGCUACCUGUAGUCGCGAUCGCAUGGUCCAGCUGUUCAAGGUGUUGCAAGAUUCUUUCGAGCUUCUGCAAACUAUGGAUGAUCAUGCCGGAUCAGUCAGCGAUGUCAUGUUCUCGCCCACAGGGGAGCGUCUAUUGUCAUGCGCCACCGAUAGGUCACUAGUGAUCAGAGAUCGAGUUCUCCGACAUCAGGAUGGUGUUGAUGUUCCCGCAUAUCUGUCCACCAAGGUCCUAACAUUGAAGGCCUCGCCACUUUCAAUCACCCCUUCAACUAACAAUCUAGUGCUUAUUGCCACCAUGGAUCGCAAGAUCACAAAGAUUGACUGCGAAGCUGGUGCAUUCACCGAAUCCUUCAAGCUCGGAGAUUACGAAAAUGACGACACAGUCUUCCUGAAUUCCAUCAUCAGCGCGCAAGGCCCUGGGGCUGGUGAAACUUCUGAACGAGUGGUCAUCGGUUAUUGUUCCCUGGACAAAUCGAUUCGGGUGUACAACGAGAAAUCCCUCAGUUUAGUUGGACGGGAAUCAGGACAUACAGAGGGGGUGAGUGAUAUUGCCUGUCUCCAACAAAGUGCAGAAGCCGGGUCAGAGCACCAAACCACGAUAGUCUCUACCGGCCUUGAUGGUACGAUUAUGAUAUGGAACCUCGCAAAGAUAACGGUCCUGGUGCCUGGAGAGACCUCUCCGGAGCGACCUUGUGGGAUCGGAAGUGGUUCAGACGAUCCUGAUUCACCGCUGACGAAGCAAAUCCCCACAUCUCUCCCUCCAUUGAGGAAAGUCUUGACUAAGAUGGAUAUCGCAGACUUGACACGUCCUAGUGUGCCUCCGUCGCCAUCUUCCCCAAGAUCUCUAUCUCCAGCCCGUUUGAAAAGGAAGAAAUCCAGGCUAGCUCUCUCAACUACGAUAGAGGACAUCGAGGAGGGCACCAUUCGGUUAGCUGAGACCACGAGUCCUUCGAAUAGGCUGACGACAUUGAACGGACGAGACCUUCGUCGGUCCCCUUCCCCUCCAGCUCGGUCCUCACUAAGACCCAAGCCACAACGAUCAAGGACCGAUUCCACUCGAGUCAGUGGCAAUGGAAUGAUCAGUGUUUUUGAACGAUCACCCUCGCCGCCAGCACCUGUUCUCUCUGUGCCAACUACCCCGAAAAGCAGGCAGAGGUCUAACAACAUCCGCUUACGACGGCCACCCUCGGUUCCGACCGAUUUGCGAGGCCAGGCCAAUCUUCAAGGCCGGAGGCGAAGCAUGAGCGGGGUACCUGAAUAUGGGAGUUUGGGCAUGGCAACGGAACAAGCUUGUCGAAUGUUGAGAACAUAUCGUAAAAAGUUGAUCGACAGUCGAGAAAUGAUCGAUCUCGAGGAGCUGGAGAACGAGGUCAACAUGACGAUGAAAACUAUCCUUGGGCGCAAGGAAAAACCCGCUGGGAUCCAAACUUUACGGAGCAACAAAGGCAAAGCCUCAACAGAAGCUGAUGUUGACCAAUUGACGAUAUUAAUGGAAAGAGCAAAUAUGGCCGAGCCUGAACCGACUACAGCCAAACAUCAGAAAGUGGAAGAGAUCAUUGCGUCCAAGGGUUGAAAUGCGGAAAUCACCAGGUUCCAAUACUGAGCGGGUUUUGCAAGGACGGUCCCUUGAAACAUUAGUUUUCGGGAGGGUAUAUUUAUACGAAGGCGAUAAUGAGGAUUUUCUGACGCGACUUUAGCACCAUUAAAGAGGAAGGGAUGAUAGCACGGCGGCCCUAAACGUGUCGCCACUAUGUGCACGAUGGUAAUUCUAUUCCUGUCACUUGAACAGGCUGUACAUGAUAAUCUCAGUCAUAUGGCGACGUCGCUGAGCAAGGUCUCGUGCAGUACCGAGCCAUGCAACAAUCAUAUACCACGGGUGGGUCAAUAUAAUGGACAUUCAACCAGUAUACUGGCACGAGAUUCAGAUCUUGUACUCAAACAUAACAUCAUCCACUUGGAAGUUGGCCUAGGUUAGAUGCAAU